AUGGAUCCUUCAAAGACUCCUCUUGCACCCAAUCCAAGCGGCGGGCCAUCUAACUUUGUGGACCCUCCCACACUUGACUCGGCCAUCAUCUCACUUGGCGUCGUUCUCAUAUCCAUUAGCAUGCUAUGCCUCACGAUACGCCUCAUAACCAACUAUAAACAUACAGGCAAAUUAGGCCUGGAUGAUUAUCUGUGCGUUUUUGGCGAAGCAACCGCCAUUGGAUACUGGGCUGUAAUUGAAUCUGUUGCUCAGGAUGGAGUUGUAAGGCAUUCAUGGGAUGUCCCUGCCUCUGUAGUAACCACAUCGUUUAUCAAGAGACAAUUUGCGCAACAAAUGAUUGUUGCUCCCGCCUUGUGGGCGACAAAAUCUGCGGUUCUAGUUCUUUACAUCCGUAUAUUUAACUCCGUACGGUGGAUAUCCCGGAUCUCCUAUGGACUGAUUAUCCUUAUGUUCCUCGUUUAUGGUAUCAAUAUAAUUCUGGCGACAGUUUACUGUCUCCCUAGAAAUGGGGCUCCCUGGGAUGCCACUGCCUUUGCGAGGUGUGCAAAACCAGUUACCCUUGCUAUAUUUAUUGGAUCUUUCACAGUUCUCACAGACUUUAUAAUCUUUCUCCUGCCUUUCCCUAUCAUCCUCAAGCUACAGAUGGCGCAAGGGAAAAAAGUUGGACUGGCGAUAGUGUUUUUGGUUGGCUUUACAACCGUCAUCAUGAGUAUAAUUUCCCUUGGUUUCCGGGUUCAAUUGUUUCUUGGUGACGAUCCGGUAUGGAACGGACUCCGUAUUUCACUUACAACAUUCGCAGAGCUAUUUGGGACUGUUAUCGUGAGCUGUGCGCCGUCUAUAUAUUCAUACUGGCUGAAUUUUGUACGGCCCAGCACAGUAUAUUCGACCAUUCGGUCAAAGCUGCUUCUAAGCAAGACAAAGUCCAACACAGACAACCAGAUUGCGGAUGAAGAGAGGUUUGAGUUGUCGUCAAAGCUGAGAAACGGCCAUGACAGCUGGCCAAGUGACUCCGUAGAUGGCCUUGGAGGCAAGACAGGACCCUUCACCAGGAUUUACUCGUCUUCCUCUUCUUCUAUUCCGAUGAAAAACGCCAUCACCAAAGCAACCCAUAUAUUCCAGAGUCAAGCCGGACCAGAUACAUCCACGCCAAAAACACAUGCACGCUAA